CGGGCCGGAGUCUCCCAUCAUGCAGGCCAAUAACACGAAAGGGUUGCUUGGCAUGCAGCUGCUGGAGCGUUGCAUAACCUCACUGCAAGUUCACUCACUCAUCGAUUUGCCUCCUCACGAUGGCAGCUGCGAAGAAAGUGUGCAUUAUUGGAUCUGGAAAUUGGGGCUCUGCCAUUGCCAAGAUAGUGGGUGCCAAUGCCGCUCAGAAUCCCAAAUUUGACAACACAGUAAAAAUGUGGGUGUUUGAGGAGACUGUGAAUGGGCGCAAACUGACUGAAAUAAUCAACACUGACCAUGAGAAUGUCAAGUACCUUCCCGGACACAAGCUACCAGCAAAUGUGCUGGCUGUACCAGACCUGGUGGAGGCAUCCAGUGAUGCAGACAUUCUGGUGUUUGUCAUCCCACACCAGUUUAUUGGCAAAGUGUGUGACACCAUGAAGGGGAAAAUAAAGAACGAUGCGCUGGGGAUUUCCCUUAUCAAGGGAGUUGACGAGGGACCCGAUGGACUCAAACUCAUCUCUGAUGUGAUCCAGGAGAAGCUUGGCAUUGCUAUGAGUGUGCUGAUGGGGGCCAACAUCGCCAAUGAAGUUGCUGAUGAAAAGUUUUGCGAGACCACCAUUGGGUGUAAGAAUAAAAACCACGGGGCUCUUCUAAAGGAACUCAUGCAGACCAACAAUUUCCGUGUUACUGUAGUGGAGGAGCACGAUGUGGUGGAAAUCUGUGGUGCUUUAAAGAACAUUGUUGCUGUCGGGGCAGGUUUCUGUGAUGGUCUGGGUUUCGGUGACAACACAAAAGCAGCAGUAAUCCGGUUAGGUUUGAUGGAGAUGAUUGCGUUUGCUCGCAUUUUCUGCACAGCGGGUCCCGUGUCCUCUGCAACCUUCCUGGAAAGCUGCGGCGUCGCUGAUCUCAUCACAACAUGCUACGGUGGUCGAAAUCGCAAAGUAGCCGAAGCUUUUGUGAAGACGGGAAAGUCCAUUGAGGAGCUGGAGAAAGAGAUGCUGAAUGGUCAGAAGCUGCAAGGACCAGCGACUGCUGCUGAGGUCUAUCUUAUCCUCAAGCACAAAGACUUAGUUGACAAGUUCCCACUGUUCAAUGCCGUGUAUCAGAUUUGCUACCAGGGCCAUCCAGUCACAGGGUUUAUCAGCUGCUUGCAGAACCAUCCAGAGCACAUGUAAAAUGCAAAAAAGCCAACCAAGUGCCUUCUACAUGGAGAAAGUUACUGCAUUAUGUCAUCUGCCGACCAGUCACUCCACGGCUGUCAUGAAACAUAGCGAGUGACCCUUGUGUGCACUCCACGGAGACAUUGCACAACCUUUGUGUUUUUAGUCAGGCACUUUGUCCUUAACAGUGGAUUAAAGUGUGUUUUCAUUUCAACAAUCAUGCUAAAACUUGAAGGAUAGUUUAUUCCCCAUAUUCAGAUUUGAUGGGUCUUAUUGCCUGGGAGUUGAAGCCAAAAAAGAAAAUCUGAAUGCAAAUGGCUACAUCAUUUUUAUUUUUAUUCUAGACCUCCAGAUUAACUGGAUGUCAUUAAGUUCCACCUCUCGGAGACAGGAAAGUCAUUCGGCUUGUUUUAGUCUUGCUGUGAUUGCCCUUCACAACAUUGUUUAUGGGGCAUCAUAACAUGCAUUCUGAUUUUAAGGGCCAGCUGAUAUACCGUAAAUUCCGGUGUAUAAGCCGCACCCACUAAAUUUAGAAGAACCACAUUUGUUCAUAUAUAAGCCGCACUGGUAUAUAAGCCGCACGUGUCCACGUCAUAAAAUGACAUAUUGCAGCACGCACACGUCCAUAAGGACCAGGCAGCUUUUUGACAGGAGCCAAUGAUGAGAAAUGAAAAAACUCAGUGAGCUAGUCAACCCAUUGGAAAUUGCAGGAGGUCGUUGCUCAAUAUGUCUGACUCAUGGUGUCAUCUUACGAACAUGAAACUCAUCACACAGCAACUGAACACUCAAAUGUUAUCCCUCAAAAUUAUAGAAACGUACCAAUGUGAGUUUAAUAUGAAAAAAACAACACUUUACAGAUUUUCCAUAAUGCUUUUUGUAUUUGAGAGAACCAUUUCAUUGGAGGAGCAUAGAAAACAUAGAAAAUGGAUAGUGCUGCAAUACUGCCUCUGUCCACCACAGAGACAGAGGACCUGGAGCCCAAAGCCCAGAGGAAAACUGACGGCACUGCAGCACCCCAAUGAAUGAGUUGCUCAAACACAAUGCCUUAUGGGAAGACUUUAAAAUGUUGGGUUUUUUUUUUUCAUUUUAAACUCCUAUUGGGACAUGUUUGUAUAUUUGUCUAGUACAACUCUUGAGUAUUAAGUUGCUGUUAGUCUUAGUAAAGUGCUCUUUAAAAGAUGACACCAUGAGUCAGUUGUUCUUAUACUGGUGGAUGUAUAAUUACCUCCUGCGAUUUCCAGUUGGUUGGCAAGCUUGUUGUGAGUGCACUGAUAGCUCAUGAUUGGCUCCUGCCAAAGAAAGACCCAUUGUUUCCUCACCGACCCACGAGCGGCACAGUAUAUUAAUAACUAUUAUUAAGUAAAGGAGAUGUCACGAGAUUUGAAUUUUAGCUGCACCGCUAUAUAAGCCGCAGGGUUCAAAGAUUAAGAAAAAAAAAUAACGUCUUAUACGCCGGAAUUUACGGUAGGCAAGACCUAUCUCCUUUAGACCUUCAGUGGUGGAAGGAAUUAUGUGGCUAUUCUAACAUUGCCGUCCAGUGGGCACCUGUCCAUUAGCAAAGUUAUUUGCUCAUAAUGUAAUAUCCAGCUUCAUGUCUUUCUAAGCUUUUAGUGUCUUAAAUCAUUUCCUGUCUGUACUGUAUAUUCACGCAUGCACGCACUGUUUUUAACAAAUGCAAGUGCCUUAGUAUGCACGGUUGCUACAGUAAGUCUUGGCUAUUGCAUCUAUUUGUACAAACCAAAGACUUCUGAAAUGUCCGUCCACUAUUGAUGUGACUUUGCCUAACAGCUUGUGUGUUGAAAUAUUAUGUCAGCAUUUGUCUGUGAAUAAACUGCCAUCUAAACAUG